AUGAAAUGCAUCCUAAAUUAUCGAACUCUUUUGAAACUAUCUCAAAUAUUGGCUGGAAAACACUUUAGACCGCUAAUGCCAAUGGUAUCUUCUUUACUGAAUCAUUUGCGGCCAGGUAAGAAAGGAGCUCGAAAGCCUAAAAGUGAGAGUGAACUCAGACAAGAUUUCGAUAAUAGCAUUCCUAUUGCUAGUGUUUUGAUGGAGCGUGGCUUUUAUACCUUCGAUAGCGAAAGCUCUUACGAGGAUUUUAAAAGGAAUAAUAGUCUUGGGUAUAGAGCAUUAGACUUUUGUGGAAAAGGGAUCCCAACGUUGUAUAUAACGGACGAUGCCACGAGUUUGGGGAAAUGGAAAGGUGAUCGACCUCACUUUCUAGUGUUUAAAUUUUUGGUGCUCCCUUCUGAAGAAGCAGGACCAUCCGAAAAUUGCCAUCUUGAAGCAGAGAAAAAUGGCUUGUGUCUCUACCGAAUUCCUUUGUGUACAGUAUAUCGCAGAAAUGAAGUGGAUGGCAUGAAAUACAUUUUCUCAUUUUUUGAUGUACAGGAUAGAGCUAAGAAUUUCACCAUGAAAUGCCUGUCCACUUCGAUUGCUGACGUAAAGGUUCGUUGGCAAGAUAGGAAGUCAAUCAUGGGCGAAUACGAUGAUUAUAGCCUCCGGGCUAUGAACCAAAAAGCAUUGAAGAUGAACCAGAGAGCCCUUAAUUGCUUAUUAUUCGCGGGCAAAUCGAGACCAUUCUGA